AAAAGAGGUGAAAGCAGAAGAGGUGGUCGAGGCUUAAGCGUUUUCACAUGGUCAUGGCUUCUUCUUCUUCUCUCUCUGCGUUACCGUCGCCUCACACUCCAAGAUUCUCACAAACCCUAAGUUCUCAUUUCCUCGCCCCUUGUUCUGUUUUGAGCCUAAAACACGCAUCAUCGCUCCUUAAAUCGAGGAUCAGAAUCUCCUCUCGUCGUGUGCGGACAAAAACACUCGUUGUUGUGUCUGCCCAGACUAGUAUCCUGAAAGUACUUAGAACCGCGUGGAAUAUUGGGAAAGAUGGAAUCGAAGCAGGAACCAACCUAGUACCUGUUUCUGUGCCUAGACCUGUUGCUAGGAUCUCAGUGACAAUUGCAGCAUUGGCGGUUUCAUUGUUUGUUCUCAAGUCGUUUGUAUCAACUGCUUUCUUUGUAUUGGGUACAAUGGGAUUUGCAUAUUUCUUAUUCAUAGCCUUGAACAAAGAUGAAGCUCCUAAACAGAGAGGAGAAGAUACUAUUUCUGGUUCCAACAAACCAAUGGAUGAUGAUCCACUUGAAGAAGCAAAGAAAAUUAUGGACAAGUACAAGUAAGCAGCAGCUUAUCAGUUUUUGAGAGAGAGAGAUCUCUAAUGUAUACGGAUAAAACACUUUGGCAAUGUUGGGUAUGUGGUUUUGAUGUUAAGAUAAACUUGUCAUAGAGA